UUCAAAUUGUGGAUAUAAGUUCAUGAUGUCUGCUGACGAUUCUGUUCAAGAGGUUGGCUCCUCCCAAGAGCUGCCUCUGUCCCAAGAGACUUUUCUAUAUGGUUGGAACAACAUACCCGCUGUUCUCAGAGAUAUGCUUUGUAGUGAAAACUUUAAUAUUUCGUUACACCCUGAAGAAACGAACUUAGUGCAAGGUCCCAUGAUGCAAAAUAAUGCCAGCCUUCCAUUGUCAACAAUUCCUGCCUCUUCACUUGUGCCACAGUCAUCCUUGCCCUCGACGGAGGAUUUGCCUGGUUUCUUCAAUUUUACAGUUACUGUGCCAGUCAAUGAAGCUGUUGCAUCUAAAAACUCAACAUUCGUAUAUUCCUCCAUGCUGAAAAGAUUGUAUGUGAGACUGGAUUCUCCUUGCCCCUUUAAUUUUUCUGUCAAUCAACACAUAGGGGCAUUAGUUCAGCCAUCUUUUGUCAGAGCCACCUUAUUUUAUUGUUCUCCAGAAAACAUUAACUAUGCAGUUAAAAGGUGCUGCAAUCAUAGGCGACCAGAUUCCGAAAAAGGAGACUUGCUAUGUGAGCAUAUUCUGAGGUCUGAAGGUCAGGGGGCAAAAUAUUUUAAGGAUUCGGUGACAGGACGAUGUAGCGUGUUGGUGCCUUUGGAAAAGCCUCCAAUGGGUCAAGAUUUCAGCACUUAUUUAUAUAAAUUCCUUUGCUAUACCUCAUGUACAGGCGGUCCUAAUCGACGCCCGAUGUCUGUUGUUUUUACGUUAGAGAACAUGUGUGAGAUUAUGGGACGUCGAAAGAUAGAUGUAAGAGUGUGUUCUUGUCCUUUGAGAGAUAAGACUUUAGAUGAAAACAGAUUUGCAAAUGAAAAUACAACAGACAAUGCAAUAUCUCCAAUGAUCAGAGAUAUGCCAAUUUCAUCGGAUUCCUCAUUGUCGGACAUCACUAAUGACUGCAAACGGGCUACCAAAUCUGCAAAGAGAAAGAAAGAGGAAGAUAGUAGCUCUGGAGAGGAAAAGGAAUUCAUAAUAAAAGUACGAAGUGAGGAGUGUUAUAGGUUCCUCAAGGGACUUAAGACGUGGUUCGACAUUAUGCAAAAUUGUAAGACGAUGAAAAAUAAUAAUUGGGUUCCUACUGUAAUUGAUGCUAGAAAUCUGCUGAAUGCACUAACUAGCAACAGUGAGAGCGAUGAGAAAUAAAGCAAGUAGUUUUUCUUGGAAAAACGAAAUCGCUAUGAGGACAUUCAUGUGUAUUUUUCUUUCCUGGACAAUACUUACAAGAAGUUUUCUUAUAUUCAUUCAUUGCAAAUUUAUUUUUUUCUCAUAUCUUAGUUCAUAUAUGUCAUAGAAGUUCACAUAUCAGUGUAUCUUAACACUGCAACUUAAAAAUUAUAUCUUUAAUGUACUCUUUAAUGUUUUAAUCUCUUUAGUGUUGAACUCUUAUAUUCUUUAAUGUUUGCAAGUAUAAUUCAACGCAUGUUUAUAAACAUUUGUAUUGAAGUUAUACUAUUAUACUAAGUUUCCUUACUUCCAUUUUUCAUCAUAUGUAAUGUUUAAAGAAAUAUAUAAAUGAUUAUUCAAAAUGUGCUACAGUUUUUUAAGAAUUAUAAAAUAUUCAGGAACGGGAGAUGUGGGGUGUUGGGGGUGGGGCUGAAAAGAACAGAAUUUAAUUCAAAAAGAAAGGUUGAAUUAAGUGUUCAGAGGAGUUAUUAGAUAAAAAUAUCUAAAUUUAAACUAAACUAAAGUAGUUUAAUUGUUUGUGAUUUUUGGUAAAUUUAAUUAGGAUUUGGUACAGUGGGUGCAAAGUUUGUGCCUGAAUAAUUCAUUCAAUCCAUUGUAAUAUUUUGUUUAAUUGAUCUAAUGAUUAAGAUUAAUAAGAAUAACUACUCAUAAAUUACGAUGUUAAUUACAAGAAUCAACUACACAUAAAUGAAAUGAUGCAUUCAAUUCAUGAUAUUGAUUCAAGAGAAUAGAUAAAAGAAAAUAUUACUAUUACUCACCUUAUAAAUCCGUGAAUUAGGAGUUUACUGUAUAUAAUGACAAAUCAAGUCAUAAAGUUAAAAAAAAAAAAAUGAUGCAUGGUCACAUUAAUAUAUUAAUCUAAACUGAUAAAAAUAACUAGGACAAAAUUAAGGAAUUUUGAGCAUAACGCAAAAGUUAAAAAAUAAUUUGGUCAGAAUAGGCCAACAUGAAAAAGCAUACUAAAAUUAAAUAAUAAUAAUUUAAAAAAAGUAGAUUAUUUAUUCAGUAAAUAAAAUUUGAUCAAAAUUCAGAAGAUUAGGUAAUCGAAAAAAUAUUCAAUUAGUCUGAAAUAAAUUUCUCAAUUCAUAUAAAAGUAGUAACAAAAAUAAAUAAUCAAAGGGCUGCUGUGUUUAAUCGAAUUCAGAAUUAUGAAUAAUUCGUGUUUUGUUUAGAAUCAGCAAAAUUUUAUAAUUGGAACUUGCUUAAUAUUUACUACCCAAUAAGAAUCAAUGUCUUAAAUACACAUAACACUAAAUGCAUUACAAAUGCUUAAAUGAAAAUAAGUUAACAAUUAAAGAAAUAUGUAAUAUUAAUUUACUCUGUCACAUGUAAUUUAACAUUGUGUUCAGUAUCAUAGUGGUGGUCAGUAUUAAGUGGAUGGUUUAAGGGUUAAAACCAAACUCCAGAAACAAUUUUUUUUU